AUGGCUCCGGAGCGCGGGGCUCGCCCGCUGCCCUGCGGCACGGAGGGGCUGCCCAGAGCCUUCCUGCAGAGCCUGCGGACCCUCUUCGACAUCCUGGAUGACCGGCGGCGGGGCUACGUGCACCUGCGGGAGAUCGAGUCCCGCUGGCAGGGGGCCGAGGCCCGGGAGCUCCCCCCCGGCGUGCUGGAGGGGCUGCGGCAGGCGGCCCCGGCCAGCGGCUACCUCACCUUCGAGAGGUUCGUGCUGGGGCUCCGGGCCUCGCUGCUGAGCCCGGCGAACGGGGGUAAAGCGGCCCGGCCGGCCCCGGGAGGAUGCGACCCCGCCGCCCCCAAGGGCGGGCCGGGCCGAGGGCAAGGGGAGCCCAGGCCGCUGGCGGAGAAGGGCAGGUGCUCGAGCGGGCUCGCCGGCAGCGCGUCCCGGAGCAUGGAGAAGAUCCCCAGCCCGCCGGGAGCCCCCGCGCACCGGGCCGAGGGGGAGAGCCGGGGCAGGAGCAGAGGUGCCGAUGGGAAGCCCACAGGACAGUCCCAUUGCGAGGGCAGUUGCACGGGGGUGGUGGACGCUCGGCGGCAUGAGAGAGGUCGCGGUGAGCACCGGAGACACACCAUCACCAACGGGGUGGACUAUGGCAUGCUGAAGCAAAUGAAGGAGCUGGAGCAGGAGAAGGACUUCCUGCUCCAGGGGCUGGAGAUGGUGGAGCGUGCCCGGGAAUGGUACCACCAGCAGAUCCAGACAGUGCAGGAGUGCCAGAAACACCUGGGGAAAAACAAAACCACAAACGACUUCUUCCCAGAGGGGAGCCAAAGCCACCUGGGUCGCCUUCUACCCAAGCUGCAGGAAGUGAACCGCUGCCUCGGAGAGCUCCUGUCCACCUCGGGGAAGCCUCUGAACUCCUCCUCGUCGGCGCUGACCAGACAGGUCCCUGCUGCCCCCGUGCCGCCGCCUGCCCUGGCAGGGCCCCAGCAAGCCAUCAGUAUGCUGAAGGAGCAAAACCGGCUUCUCACCAAGGAGGUGACUGAGAAGAGCGAGCGGAUCACCCAGCUGGAGCAGGAGAAAUCCGCCCUGAUCAAGCAGCUAUUUGAGGCACGGGCCCGAAAUAACCAUGAAACAAGCCAGCUGGACUCCACCUUCAUCUAG